UUAGAAGGCCGUGAAUAGAUUUGGAUUAUUGGAUGAGUAACAUGGCGGCUUAAGAAAGUGGUGUACCCGGUCAAAAUUCUUUAAUUUUUAACAUUUUAAAAGGAUCCAUGAAUUCUUUCAUCAUUUGCCUGCUACAAGAAAAUGACAGUUCUAGGAGAGGGUGGUGACUUUUACGCGCCCCCUCACAAGCGACCUUGUUUGUCAUACCACUGUCCUGUCGUAGAACCGUACCAGAUGGCAACACCCUUAGAUGCCGGUGUGAUGUUAAAUGGAUACGGGCUGGUAGAUUCCCACAAGAACCACUCACCCGACGACAGCAGUGCCAACAGUGAAGGUGUCUCUCCUGUCGCCACACUGUGCAACUUGGGGAACACAUGUUUCCUCAAUAGUGUUCUCUACACACUGCGGUUUGCCCCUGCAUUCCUCCACAACCUGCACCACCUCGCCCUGGACCUGGUGGAGUACAGUGGUCGAUAUUCACACCUCAAGAGCAAAUCAUCGUCCCUGGGCCGUGGGAUCGGGGGUGGAAGCAAGAGCUGGAGCAACAAGGAUCUACCGUCUGUCGGCCAGCUGAGUCCCCAAGAGGACAGGAUCGCUCUGGCGACCCUGCGGCUCCACGAGCUCUACGAGGGUCUGCAUAGCGCCGAAAUGAAGGACCAUAUGGAGCCCUACCAGCCUGAAAUAUUUCUCACUGCACUUAGGGAGGUGAACUCCAUAUUUGAGGGCAACCAGCAGCACGAUGCCCACGAGUUGUUGGUCUGCCUGUUGGACAACAUCAGGGAGACAUGUCGUCAGCUGAGUGAACUGAGUGAACGGCAACGCUGCAUCAUACCGCCCGCACCCCCUUGCCCCCUCCCCCCUGCCAAGAGCUCUUCCUUCACAUCUAAUGUGCGCAAGAGUCUCAAGUUGGGGAGGGCCAAGCAUAACUGCGUCUACGAUAAAAAACACACCUUAGAUGGGCCGCUAAUAAACGGUGAGACAAACCUGAUAAUGAAUGAGGAGGAAGCUCCAAGAGUCGGUCACAACUUUAUCUCUGAGGACUUCCAGGGCGUGACGCUGCUGCGUACCACCUGCCUAGAGUGUGAGCAGGUCACAGAGCGCAAAGAGACUUUCUGUGACAUUUGUGUCCCCAUCACUUCUCCUUCGGGCAACUAUGAGGAGAACAACAGCUCGCUGUACCACUCGGCCAUGGUGACAGAGGAGCUGCUCCAAGACACUAACAAGUACUGGUGCGAGCAGUGUUUGCGAUACAACGAGGCUCGGCGCUGCGUACGAUUCGAGAGCCUGCCUCGGCUGCUGGUACUGCAGCUGAAGAGGUUCAGUUCCAGCUACGGAUCAGUGGUGUCCAAAGUGAACGAGUACAUGCCCACUCCCCUGACUCUCAGCUGUUUCUGCCUCAAGUGUAAAGAUGUGGAGGAGAACAAGAAAGUGCAUCAUGCGUACCAACUGUACGGAGUCAUAAUGCAUCUGGGUGCCACCAUGGCCAGCGGGCACUACGUAGCUUACGUUUGCGGCCGUGACACUGCCAUCGACUGUGCCACUUGCACUCGAGACAAGCGGAAAACUGCAUCACUGUCGGGUGGCGCAGGGAAACAAGCCAGCAACAACGUAUCUGAGAAACAUUCUGGAGGAGGGCUGCUCAGGUUCUUCAAGAGUUCAAAGCAGUCGUAUCAACACACGCUGAGUGGCGUGGACGGGCGUGGACCGUACUUCUCACCCUGUCGUAGUGCAGACUGUUGUGGCGUCAAGUUGGACCCAGCUCACGAACCCACGUGGCUCGAGUGCGAUGACGAGACGGUGCGGACGCUCACUCGCAAACAACUCGAGGAGAUUCUGGCUCCUAAAUCUGUCAAGAAUUCUGCUCUCACCCCUUAUCUCUUGUUCUACUGUAGGAUCCCUUAGGUCCCAGUGAAUACUUAACAUAAUGAUAUCUCUCUGUUGUUGUGCCGACACAGUUGUUUUUAUUAAGUUUUGUAUUAUAAGGUUAAAGUAACUGCGUAUAUAUUAACAUGGCCUAUUAAUAAUGUCUUUUGACUCCGGAAUUAAAAUUCGAUGUUUUAAAUUAUUUUAAAUUAUCAAUAAAUUUUAUGUGUUCCUCUUUAGAAUGGUAAUAGCAAAUAUCAACGACAACCUCGUUAAACAGUUAGUAAAGAAUUAUAGUGAUUUUUUUGUAUCACUAAACUAUGGCAAAUGUCCUGAAAAAUCUUGUUUCCUUCACAAUCCUUCCAACGUCUAAAACAAACAAAGAGUUGAUUCACGAUUUGGACCUGGAACCAGUUAACAAAUGAAAGAUCUUAAGAACUUGCCUCUUAAUUUAACUAAACACACAUAACGUAGUUAUGAUGGAUAGGGUUGAUUUAAUACGAUGUUGAAUUCAGCUCCAUUUUGAGUUUCUUCGUCACCAAAAUUUUUGGAUCUCUUUAUAUGGAUAUUUAACUCCAGAUUCCAGGAGUCAAGUUUGU